GUAUGGUAAUUUUCAAAUCAGAUGGGUCCUUAGAAAGCAAAGAAGCAUUUAUUAAAAAGUUAACAUGAUUCCAUUCUAGGUUUUCUAAGGCCAAAGAGCAUUCCACCCUCAGCAUGUAUGCUGUUGUUCUCUUUUGCCCAUUCCAUAUUAUCCCACGGGUAAGUCUGAGGUUCCUUUGUCUGGGAAAGAAGUCAGAAAAGGAAAAAUAAUAUUGACCCCUAUCUUCACUCCACUGGAAUUGCCCACCUCCCCCGCCAUUGGAAUUAUACACGAAGGGCUGCAUUCCUUCCGCUUUAUGGGGUAUGACCCGCGGGUGUCCUGAGGCUCGACAUGAAACUCGACAGAGUGGCAUUUGAUAGCAAACUGAUCUAGGACAGAAGUGUUCCGCGUUCCCCUAGAGCAUUUUUUCCCCCACUUUCCUUUUGUGGUUUCAGAAAUCUGUCUGCUGCAAGAAUCGUUAGGUCUUGGGCUCAGAUCUCCUUCCUCUUACCAGGCCUGGUAUUGACUCCAAGUGGGAGGGAGAGUCAGCAUAAAAGUAUUUCUCUUUUCCUUCUUGAAGGGGGUGUGUCCCGGGCUUGUCUGCCUACAAGGGCAGCAACAUGCACCAGGAGUUGCUUAUGAAUCAGUGGACCUGCAUGAAUGCCAGUGAGCUGCUGGUCAGGUAUUAGCGAUGUCUUUCCAAACAGCAUUAAGAAGUGAUUGAACCACAGGUACACUGGAGGAGGGGCUCCCUAAGGCUGUGAUGUGAAGAGAAGAAUCACCAGACCAGAGGGCAAAGUGUGGGGGCCUGUCAGGGACGUCAGGACUUGUGUGAGGGUUAAGGUACACCCAGGAAACCAGCUUUGCAGCCUUGCAUGGUACAUCAAUCGUCUGGCCACAGACCGUGACCCUGGUUGAGUCCACGGUAAGGAGGGAGACCAGCUGAAGAUGAAAUUCCGCAUGCUCUGGCUCAUCUCUUUCUUCACACUCACCGAUGGCAGGGAAGGCUUCCUGGGGAGAAAUGAAGGCAUGAAAACAAAAAGAGGACUCACUGUGAAUAAGAAAAAUCAUCCAGGCUCAGUCCAGGAAUAUGAGCUGCUGCUUCAGGUGGCCUACAGAGAUUCCAAGGAGAAGAGACACUUGAAGAAUUUUCUGAAGCUUUUGAAGCCUCCAUUGUUAUGGUUACAUGAACCAAUGAAGAUUAUCAGCGUAAAGGCCACCACAUACUGUGGGCACCAGAAUGGGGUCCUGCAGUGUUCCUGUGAGGACGGCUAUUCCUGGUUCCCUCCCUCAUGCCUUGAUCCCCAGAAAUGCUACCUUCACACGGCCGGAGCCCUCCAGAGGUGUGACUGUCAUCUCAACAACCUCACCCAGAGCCUCAGUUUCUGCGAGAGAGCAAAGGUUUGGGGCACUUUCAAAAUCAAUGAACGAUUUACCAAAGACCUUUUGAAUUCAUCUUCUCCUUCAUAUUCCAAGUAUACAACUGGAAUUGAAAUUCAACUUAAAGAAGCAUUCAAAAGAAUUCAAGAUUUUGAGUCGGUUCAUGUCACCCAAUUUCGUCAUUAUAGGGAUGGAAGCAUCAUGGCUGGGUUUGAAGUUGUGGGUUCCAGCAGCACAUCUGAGCUGCUGUCAGCCAUCGAACAGGUGGCUGAGAAGGUGAAGGCAGGCCUUCGCAAGCUGUUCCCACUAGAAGACCGCUCUUUCAGAGUAUUUGGAAAAGCCCAGUGUAACAGCAUUGUCUUUGGAUUUGGGUCCGGGAAUGACGAGUACACUCUUCCCUGUAGCAGCGGCUACACUGGAAACAUUACAGCCAGGUGCCAGCCCUCUGGGUGGCAGGUCCUCAGGGAGACAUGUGUACACUCUCAGCUGGACGAGCUGAAGAAGAAUUUCAGUGUGAUCGCAGGCAAUGCCACUGAGGCAGCUGUGUCAUCCUUGGUGCGAAAUCUUUCAGUCGUCAUUCGGCAAAACCCAUCAACUACAGCUGGCAAUCUGGCUUCAGUGGUGUCCAUUCUGGACAACGUCUUGUCUCUGUCACUGUCAAGUCAUUUCAAGGUGUCCAAUUCAACCAUGGAGGAUGUCAUCAGUAUUGCUGACCACAUCCUUAAUUCAGCAUCGGUAACCAACUGGACGGUGUUACUGCAGGAAGAACAGCAUGCCAGCUCACGAUUACUGGAGACACUGGAAAACAUCAGCAGCCUCGUACCUUCAACAGCUCUGCCCCUGAGUUUCUCUCGGGAAUUCAUUCACUGGAGAGGGAUUCCAGGGUCCCAAAGCCAACUUGAGAUGGGUUACAGCUAUGAGGCUAAAAUAUCCCCCCCAAAUACUUCCAUUCCCAUCAGAGGCCAUGUGUUAAUUGGGUCAGACCAAUUCCAGGGGUCCUUUCCAGAAACUAUUAUCAGCAUGGCCUCAUUGACCCUGGGGAAUAUUCUAUCCGUUGCCAAAAAUGGAAAUGCUCAGGUCAAUGGGCCAGUGAUAUCCACGGUUAUCCAAAACUAUUCCAUAAAUGAAAUUUUCCUGGUUUUUCCCAAGACAGAGUCAAAUCUGAGCCAGCCUCACUGUGUGUUUUGGGAUUUCAGGCAUUUGCAAUGGAACAAUGCGGGCUGCCACCUAGUGAAUGAAACUCCAGACACAGUGACGUGCCAAUGUACUCACCUGACCUCCUUCUCCAUACUGAUGUCACCCUUUGUCCCCCCUGCCAUCAUCCCCUUUGUGAAAUGGAUCACUUUUGUGGGACUGGGCAUCUCCAUCGGAAGUCUCACCUUAUGCCUAAUCAUUGAAGCUCUAUUUUGGAAGCAGGUCAAGAAAAACCAAACUUCCUACACGCGCCAUAUUUGCAUGGUGAACAUAGCCUUGUGCCUCCUGAUUGCUGAUGUUUGGUUUAUCGUUGCUGCCACUGCAGACUCCCCAGUAAGCUUUUCUGGAGUCUGCAUAGCUGCAGUGUUUUUUAUGCACUUUUUCUACCUCUCCUUGUUCUUUUGGAUGCUCAUGCUUGGCAUCCUGCUAGCUUAUCGGAUCCUCUUUGUGUUCCAUCACAUGGGCCUGCAUUUGAUGAUGGCUUUCGGGUUCUGCCUGGGCUAUGGGUGCCCUCUCAUCAUAUCUGUCAUCACCAUUGCUGUCACGCAACCUGGCAAUGGCUAUGAAAGGAAAGACGUGUGUUGGCUUAAUUGGUCUGAUAAGAGCAAACCCCUCUUGGCCUUUGCUGUUCCUGCACUGACUAUUGUGGCUGUGAAUUUGGUUGUGGUGCUAUUAGUUCUCACAAAGCUCUGGAGGCCCACUGUUGGAGAAAGGCCGAGUCAGGACAACAAGGCCACUAUUGUCCGCAUGGGGAAGAGCCUCCUCAUCCUGACCCCUCUGCUGGGGCUCACCUGGGGCUUUGGCAUAGGAACAAUAGUGGACAACCAGAAUCUGGCUUGGCAUGUUAUUUUUGCAUUACUCAAUGCAUUCCAGGGUUUUUUCAUCUUAUGUUUUGGAAUGCUCUGGGAUAGUAAGCUGCGACAAUUGCUGUUCAACAAAUUGACUCCUUUAAGCUCUCAGAAGCAAGCAUCAAAGCAGAACUCAACAGAUGUAUCUGCCAAACCCAAAUUCCCAAAGCCUUUCAAUCCACUGCAACACAAAGGCAUUUAUGCUCUUUCCCAUACUGGAGAAUCGUCAAAUGACAUCAUGCUAACCCAGUUUUUAUCAACUGAGUAAGGCUGCGAACCAUAAACUCAAGGGAAAUUUUUGGUGCAACUUGACAUUUCGAACGACAUGUCAGUGAAAAAAUUAGCACAAUAUUAGACGGAAUUUUCUGAUGUGGGCAUCUGGAAUAAAAUGAGAAGGUUUCAGCA